AUGGGUGAUAAUUUGAUGGAUGAUGUAGUAAUGGAUCUUGAUUUGAACCAAGAGCCUUUGGAGUCACAUGCUGAUUCAGGGUUAGGAUUAGGGUCAAUAUGGAAUGAAUUAGAAACUGCUGCUCAUGAUGCAAUUGAAGAAAGAAUUCGACAGCUUGAGGCGGUUACGGCUAGAGCUAGGCAAGGACAGAGGUGGCGACAAGCUCGAAAUGUUAAUGAAAUAAGUAAUGUUUUGAUCGAACCGGUUGUUAAUGUGGGUGGUGGGAGUAUGUUGCAUGAGGGGGAUGAUAGUGUGCGUUCAUCAGAAACGGUGGUUCAGAGGAGUAAAGGUUAUAAAAGGGAUAGUUCCCAUUUGGUAGCAAAGGCUUUGGCUAUGGAUUCUGAUGUAAAGAGGGUCAAUGGUGAUGGUGGGAGCUUUUUCGAUUGUAAUAUAUGCUUGAAAAUGGCUACAGAACCUAUAUUGACUUGUUGUGGGCAUUUGUUCUGCUGGGCAUGCUUUUAUCGGUUGCCAUAUGCCAAUUCAACAGCUAAGGAAUGUCCUGUGUGCAAGGGAGAGGUUACGGAUACAAAUAUUACUCCAAUAUAUGGCAAUGGACACAGCACCCCCAUGUCAGAGUUGGAAGGUGGCCUGAAGUUACCAUCAAGGCCCCUAGCACAUAGAGUAGAGAGCAUUAGGCAACAGCGUGUAAUACGGGGUGUGUCUCAUAUUCCUGUUGCAGAAGCACUUCGGCGAAUCAGGACUGGUAUUGGUGCAAUGGGUGAGCCCCCACAGGAACGGGUUCUUCAUAGUGUGAACAUUAGCUCUGAGACCAAUUACGGGGUGUUGCCGAAUAGGGAGGCAGGGAGCAGCCGGAGCCUUCAUUCCCACCCCUUAUCAGGAGUUGCUUCCCUUACUUCCUUUUCAUCUGCAUUGAAUAAUGCUGAAAGGUUGGUUGAGGAUCUUGAAACAUAUAUCCAAGACCGUCUUGAAAGGAGCCAUGCACAGUUUCUACUGGUUGAUGGUGGGGAUCCUUCUAAUAGCAGUGCCGCAGGUGUGCAAGUCGAACCCCAGAAUGUGGAUUCUACUGCUGAAAUCAAUUCUACUCUGCCGUUUCCUGCACCCUCUGGAACAACUGAUGUUUCUGCUCCUGCUGUACAUUUGGAAAACCUGACAACAGAUGCUGCUAUUCAAAUCAAUCUGACAGCCUCCCGACCUUCUUCAUCUUCCAGGAGAGGAAGUGGUGUUUCGAGGGUUUCAAAUGUAAACAACGAAGUUUCCCGUGAAUCUAGGAGGAGAAGGUAG